GAUAUAUAGACUGACCACAUUCACUAUCAGCAGCCCUUGCAGCCUUCCCUCACCACUGUAGCACCUUCAGCCCUGAGUAUCAUUACCUGCUGACUACUGCUAAUCACUGACUGCUUUAGUCUCCACCUCAACUGUAUAUACUGCUGAUUACUGUCUGUUAGGAACUGGUUUAGUCUCUUCUCUGUCUAUUGGAAGACUGUGUAGAUAAGACUGGACAAUAUGUUCUUGUUCAUUUCAGUUUGUAUAAUUACAAUAUGUGGAUCAGCUACUGAUGGUCACUCUAUUAGUAAAAGAGAUGUUCCUCCAUUAGCUCUACACUGCACUCCUCAGUGGAAUGGAACUGAUCAAUCAUUCACUGUCCAUAUUGAUUUCAAUGUCUCCAAUGACAUUAUUGGUAGCCUUCAUCAUUUUUGGAUCACAUUUGAAGUUUCUUUAAAAUCAAAUGGAAAUACACAAUCACACAUUGACGUAGCACAGGUUAAUGCUAAUAGUGGAACAGGACAUCAAAAUGUAACUCAGUUUCAAUAUACUGAUUACAAUAGACGUCCUAUUAGUAACCACUUAAAAGCUGAUUAUCUAGUGACUAUGAGUUGGACUCAGUUCCCAGCUGGUGUGUCUAGUAACAAAAGAGACACUGUGUUCCUAUACCCUCCCCCUCCUCCCACUCCAGUUGAUUCAUUACUAACCAACAGUGUCUAUACUACUUACCCUAUACCUUCUUCUUUCAUAGUAACCAUCACCUCAUUGACUGUAUCAUGGACUAUUGAUGAUGGUGAUGAUAAUAAUCAACUGAUUAAAUAUUAUUUGAAUUUCAUUGGAGACUUUAUUAGUCAGCAUGCUCCAUCAGUUGUUAGCAACGUGACUGCAGGAGACAAUGAUACGUUCACAGGUCAAAGUAUAGCCCCCAUUACUAUAUAUGUACAUGGUCACUCUCCAUUCAUACUAAUACAGAUGUAUUCCCAAUAUUCUGUUACUGGCAAUAGUGGCCAAAUGAUAACUGUCACUUCUGAUAUCACUAGUAUAGCAAACAUUUCAUUAACAACAACAACAACAGCAACAACAACUACUACUACUACAGCAGCCACCAGUACUCCUACUAAUAAUACUCCAAUGAGCACUACAAUAGAACCAACAGCAACAACAACAGCAGUAGCAGUAUCAGAUACAUCAGUUGCUUGUGUCCCAUUAUCAGUUACUAGUGUCCCAUUAUUGAGUGUGACUAUGGAGACAUUGAGUGUUAUGUCAUCUCAUCAGGUAACAGAAUCAGUGACAGGAAGUACUACUCCUAAUGCCACCACCAUUGAAGUCACUCCUACAGCUACAUCUACUAGCACACAAUCAACUACUACUAAUACUACUAUUACUAUUACUACUGACUCUGCCAGUGGUUCUAAUGCUGCUCCUAUUAUGGCUGGAGCUAUUGGAGGAAUAAUAUUAUUGAUUAUUAUACUGAUUGCAAUAACAAUAGCAAUCAAGAAACAAAAAAGUAACAAUGAAGUAUCUAAAAAGGCUGAUGCAGUAGUGACUUAUGAUGAGAUCAUUGUUACACCAACUACUACUACUGAAGUACCAAUAUAUGAUACACCAAUGGAACUACAGGCUAAUACUGCUUAUGAUGUUAUUAAUGAAGAUAUAAUUAAUUACAGAUUGUUCAGUUCUCAUUUCUCUUACACUAAUGGCUACUGCUACUGGUAUGUACCUGUGUCUUAUAUUGACUGGAUGCAUGAGUUUUGGUAAAUCUUCUGUAUUACACUAUGGUCAAACAGUUCCUGAUACUGGUAUACUACCAUGUUCUGGUGACAGAGUAGAACUGACUUGUACAACUGAUACUGGUGUAGUAGUUUGGAAAGCAGAUAAUGGAGCAGAAACUGAACUAACUCAUCUUACUCAACCUGUUGUGAUAGACAGUCUCAAUGUCAGUGUUACUGCUGUUAAUGGUAGUAUGAUAACAGCUACUGCUACUAAUAAAUCAGUAAAUGUAUCAUUGAAUGGAACUAUGAUUGGUUGUACAGAUAUGGUUGGUGCUAGCUAUAUAUAUUCAAAUAUUACUUUGUCAGGUCCACCAGUAUUACCAGUAUUACAUACAACAGCUAAACC